CUAUUAAUCAUUUUGGAUUUAUUGCUUUUAUUAAUAUAUUUUUUUUAAUUUCCACCAUUGCAGAAUUUUAAUAAAAAUAAUAAAUAAUUAAACAAAAAAUCUGCUGAAUUAGUAAGUUACGUGACGAGCCACUGUCAAAAAAAGGCUCCUCCAAAAAGUGAGUUUAGGACACUCACACGCAUCAUGGCGCUAUGGAACCGUUUAUCCAAGUGGUUAUUAACCGACGUCGGCAAGAAAGCCUGCUAUUAUGCAGCCGGUACCACCACGUCCGUGAUCCUCUUAGCCCAUACUUUACCCCAGACAAUUUUCUUAAACCAAUACGAAGAGAUUUUCCACCUUUACAAGCACGGCUUUUCGGUUCCAUUGACGGAAAAGAUACAAAAACGUUUUGAGAAAGCUUUGGAUUUGGUUGAGAUUGAACCCUGUGACCGGCAUUUAUUUAAGCCUUUUGCUGCCUAUGGUUUCGAUAUUUUUAGUGCUGGGACUUCUUACAGCAAAUUUGGAGUGAGAGUGGGCAUCCCAGCGCAUUUUUUCUAUGAUGACGAGUCAUCAGUCGACAAGAGUUCCAUUAGAAUCAGGGAUGAAUCAGUUGUUUGGGAAUCAGAUGAAGGAAAGUUGUUGUUGAAAUCGUUGGUAUUAUCUGAAAACGCCCAAAUUUAUGCCAUGGCCAGAGAAAUUAAAUUCAGAGACACUUUAAAGGGGCUAUUCGACACAGUUGUGGCUGUGGUUUCCUGGUCCGGCAUGUAUGGAAUAGCUAACACUUUAAACAACAAGUGGGAUUUAUAUUCAAAACCUAGACCAGUGAGAAUUAUUAUGUAUUGUCUUGUUGGGGCUUUUUCUUUUGGGAGUUACGCUUUUUGUAAAGACUUUAGUCAAGUUUACUAUGAAACUAAAAUUGAUAAGGAAUUAAAAGAAAAAUGUCCGGUUUUUGCUGAAGGUGGGAAAGAAUUUUAUAACAAAAUUGUGGCCAGAAACAUUGCCUUGAGAAAAAUACUAGGAAAAGAAGGAGAAAGGACAUAUACUGUUCUAGGAAACGACAAUUAUUUAUUUAGGUAUAAACAUGUACCCGUAGUUCAGAGAAAGAUGUUUUUUGAGGAAGAAAAAGCUUAACUUGUAAUUUAUUUUGUACAUAUUUGAAUAAACCGCUCGAUUUUA